AGAAUUUUUAAUAUUGAAGUUGAAGAAGUACUUAGAUCCAAAAUAACCAAUUAAAUCAAGUGAUUUUAAACCCAUGUUUAAGUAUUUUUAAGUGGGAACUUAUGUUGAUGGAAUAGGUAAUAAUUAUGGUAAUUUAUAGAUAAUUAUAAUAUCAAAAAGAAAAAGAAAAAUUAGAUUGAUUUGAUUGAUCAAUUUUUAGAAUAUGAAUAUAUUAAACAAACAACAAAAAACACAUUUUAAAAGAUUUAACAAAGAUAAUAAAGAAUCAGUAAAGUAAAUUCAAAAUUAAAGAAGUUUAGAAAAAUGGCAAAAUCUUUAGGAAGAAAAAAUAAAUGA